AUGGAACUAAAUGAAAGAAUUUUACAUUAUCUAGAGAAAUGUGGUCAAGUUGACACUUUAAAAUUGUCUAGCGAAUUUAACGAAGACCACCAAAAAGUGGUAGGAGCGGUCAAAAGCUUGGAGGCCCUUGAAAUGGUUAUUUCUGAAGUUUUAAAGAGUACAAAGUGGGAAUUAACAGGAGAAGGAGAAGAGGUCUCUAACAAAGGUAGCCAUGAAGCUGUCCUGUAUAACAGUAUUCCUGAAAACGGCCUACCUCAGGCUGAAGUCAUGAAGACUGUUCCAAAUGCUAAAGUUGGUUUUAGCAAAGCAAUGUCCGCCGGUUGGAUAUCCAUUGAUAAGUCUGGCGGAGCACCCAUAGUGAAACGUAAAGUAAACAGCAUCACGGACACAGUACAAGAACACUUGAUUGAAAUUAAAAAAGGGGUAGACAAUUUAGCGGACAAUGUGCGGAAUGACUACAAGAAACGGAAACUUCUUCAAGCGGUCACUUUGACAAGUUUCAUGUUGUCAAAAGGGCCACAGUUUGCAACAACUAUUAAGAAACUUGAAACUGAUUUAACGAGUGAGAUGUUGUUGUCAGGUUCAUGGAAAACUUUACAGUUCAAGCCAUACAAUUUUGAUGCUUUAGGCCAACCACCAGAAUGUGGUCACCUCCAUCCUUUGCUCAAAGUCCGUUCAGAGUUCCGUGAAAUAUUCUUAGAAAUGGGUUUCACAGAGAUGCCAACUAACCAAUACAUUGAAAGCUCUUUCUGGAAUUUUGAUGCCCUCUUCCAGCCACAACAGCAUCCUGCUAGAGAUGCCCAUGACACAUUCUUCAUGUCGUCUCCAGCUCGUACAACUGACUUCCCUAUGGAGUAUCUGGAAAGAGUUAAAAAGGUUCAUAGUCAAGGUGGAUAUGGUUCUCAGGGCUACAGAUAUGAGUGGAAGAUCGAAGAAGCUCAGAAGAAUCUGUUGCGGACACAUACAACGGCAGUAAGCGCCCGGAUGCUGUACAAACUGGCGCAGCAGAAAGAGUUCACACCACAAAAAUACUUCAGCAUUGACAAGGUAUUCCGUAACGAAACAUUGGACGCUACCCACUUAGCUGAAUUCCAUCAAGUGGAAGGGGUCGUUGCAGACCGGGACUUGGGACUGGCAGACUUGAUCAGUGUGCUGGACGCCUUCUUCAAACGGCUCGGCUUCGACAAGCUGCAGUUCAAACCUGCAUAUAACCCCUAUACUGAACCCAGUAUGGAAAUUUUUGCUUAUCACACUGGUCUCGGCAAAUGGAUUGAAAUCGGUAACUCGGGUGUAUUCCGACCAGAGAUGUUACUUCCCAUGGGCCUACCAGAAGAUGUGAAUGUAAUCGCUUGGGGCCUUUCACUGGAGCGACCAACCAUGAUCAAAUAUGGCCUCAACAAUAUCAGAGAUCUUGUCGGUCCUAAAGUCGACCUGCAGAUGGUCCAAAGUAACCCGAUAUGUAGGCUCGAUAAGUGA